UAUGAAGAUUCUAUUAUAGAUACUGAAAAUGAGGGAAAUUUUGGAAAUUUUAUGCGGAAUUAUUGUUCUCAUCUUUGUCUUUUAUUAUUAUUACAAAUUGAAGUUUGAUUUCUGGAAAAAACGUGGAAUACCUGGACCUAAACCCAUAAUAUAUUUUGGCACGGCAAAGGACAUUAUAUUACAAAAAAAAUUACUUAAGGAACGUUAUAAGGAAAUAUAUGAUGAAUAUAAAUAUGUAUCACUAGUAGGACUCUUUAUUAAAACACAACCAAUCUUAAUGAUAAAAGAUCCCACUUUGAUCAAAGAUGUUAUGAUCACAGACAGUAUGAUAUUUACAGGACGUGGUGUUCCUUAUUCCAAAAAGAAUGAAAAGUGAGUGACUGUUACUUUAGGUUAUUUUAAAUCAUUUCAAUUUUUUAUGACGAAUAAAAACGUCACUCUAAAACUUCUUACACCUACUGCCAUUGUUGAGAAAAUCCUUCGUAAAAAUUAAAAGGCGCAAAUGUACAAGUUAUUGCUAUGCCAAACUAAUGGUUUGCCCAAUAAUCGUCAUGAGUAUGUCCCACAAAUCGACAAAUCGACAUACGUUUAACUAUCGCACACACGAUAGAAUGAUUCA